UUUAGAUAAUUACCUCCAAAAGUUGCCUUGAAUUCAGCAUGGAGAUGAAAUUGUCAGCGCUUUGUGCUUUAACUAUUGUUCUGUUUGCAUUUGUAGAUGUGAAAAUAGUCCUUGCUUUAGAAACGGAAGGCAAUUCUGCAGUACGGACCCUGCCGAAGGCUGGUCAUUGCCCGCGGCUUCUGAAUGUGGUGCCGUCUCGUAAAGGAUGCGUUUGCGACGAGGACUGUCCUGGAAUUGAUAAAUGUUGCGUCUUUGACUGUGGCGCAGUGUGUGUCCCACCUGCCUUCUCAAAGCCAGGAGUGUGCCCUCGCAGAAAAUGGGGCUCAGGGAUGUGUGCAGAGUUCUGUUCCAAUGAUAGUGACUGCCCCAAUUACGAAAAAUGCUGCCACAAUGGAUGUGGGCAUGAGUGCAUUGCACCUUACACGGUGAAACCUGGUCGCUGUGCCUUGCCCAAGGGGACCCCCAUGUGUGCUGAGUACUGUUACCAUGAUGGUCAGUGUCCUGAAGAACAGAAGUGUUGCCGGACAACCUGCGGCCACGCCUGUAGUGAGCCUUGCGUAUAGGACACGAGGUUUGGUGACAACACUGAUACUUGUAGACUCCUCAAGAACAUUAUUAUGGGUUUGUACUUGUUUUCUCAAUAAUAAAACUGUCAGUGUGGUCCUGUACAUUUAA